AGGAGGAGGAGGAGGCGGUGACCGACGCCCCCCACGGGACAGGCCGACCGAGCUGCUAACAGGUGUGUCUGAGCGGGACGCGGGUUCCAGUCUGCACCGCCCGGUCCGGUCCGGUCCACCUCAACCCUCCACCGGGUCCAGACCCCUCGUUCCUCCGGGGAGAGAGACCUCAGCCUUCAUUCCGUCUCCCGGUCUGUCCGCAGAUUCCCAUUAGUGCGUUAGAGCCGAGGAGGAGGAGGAGGAGGAGGAGGAGGAGGAUCUCAAACCGAACCGGAUCUUGAUGAAUGGAUGAAGGUUCGGACUCGUGUUGGUUUGUCAGAUCCUUCGAGGGUUAGAGACAGUUUGAGUUCCGGAUCCGACACGAAGCGGAGCUGCUGCGGUUCAUCAUGACGACGAGAGGAGGCAGCGGAGCGGGGGACCUGGUGUCCUCCUGCACCUCCUGCACCUCCUCCACCUCCUCCACCUCCUGCACCUCCUGCACCUCCUCCACCUCCUCCACCUCCAGCCUCCAGCAGCAGAGCGGCGGCCCCGCUCCUCCGGGGCCCGAGGCGGCCGGAGGGGUGGAGAUGUUCGGGGAGUUCCAGGACUGGUGCUCGCGGACCUACGGGGACUCCGGGAAGACCAAGACCGUGACCCGGCGCAAGUACCACAAGAUCCUGCAGACGCUCCUCCUGCAGGAGGAGGAGCAGCGGCCCGGCCUGCUCCUGCAGGAGAAGAGCAGCAGCCACAUCAACGCCAAGUUCAAGUUCUGGGUCAAGUCCAAAGGGUUCCAGGUCCGAACCGAGGACCGGACUGAGGCCCGGAGCCCAGCGGGCAGACCCGUGCUGUACGUGCCCGUCAAGUGUGUGGACAGUGUCUCCGGGCCGGACUCGUCCCUCAAGCGCGUGGCGGUGGUGGAGGACUUCUUCUCCAUCAUCUUCUCCAUGCACGUGGAGAUCAGCAGCGAUCCGGCCAAAGCUCCCAAACACGCCGGCCAGAAGAAAACCUACAAAGCUAUUGCAGAGACGUACGCCUUCCUGCCCAGAGAGGCGGUGACCCACUUCCUGAUGAGCUGUGGCGAGUGUCAGAAGAGGAUGCACAUCAGCUCCACAGGACCAGACUUCAGAGAGAACGACAGGCCGAGCUCUCUGGUGUCGGAGGUGAUAGACUACAACAUGCCUCUCACCACCACCUACAUGAAGCAGAUGAAGCUUCAGUACAUGAGCAACAAGGAUGACAGUUCGCUGAGCAGCGAGGAGGAGAUGAGCGAGCCCACGUGGCUAACAGCUGAUCUGGGAGCAGCGUCGGACCUGAGCCCGCCGAGCCGAGCAGACAGGAUGCGCCUCAGCCCGCAGAGCGUUCACAUGAAGGAGGACGAGGGUAAGUGA